AUGUCCAUCUACUGCCGUCUUGCGUCGCCGCCGGUAUUCCUUCGCGCACUGCACACUGUGUCUGUCAGCCGCGAUGGCUGGGCCACCGUCGUGUUCACCGACUCGCAUGUCGUCCUGCACGUCGAGGGCACAGAUGAGAACAUGACAGCGACGUGCACCCUGCCCAAGAACCUCUUUGCCGAGUACGCCGUCGUCGAGACGCGCUUCGCGCUGCACAUCCCCACAUUGAUCGACGCGCUACUGAUGCUUGGCCCAUCCGUGGCGACGGCGUCGACCAGGGCCGUUCUCGCGUACCCGACCGACGAUGCGAAGCUGCUCGUGGAGCUGACCCCGACAGAUCGGGUUGCCGGUGGCGGCAGCUGUGGCGGUUUUUCGGGUGGUGGCCCGAUGACUCAGUCAGACCUCGGUGUCGGCGGGUCUCGCAUGCUUCAGUCGCUUCUCGUCACCCGCAACGUGCGUGACCACUUGCUAGAUCUACGCUUCUCGGAGGCGGCACUUUCGGCGCAGGUGACACUGCAGGGCGACACGGUGCGCGACCUCAUCGCCGACAUCACGGCGGCGCAGUCCACGGAAGUGUCUAUCCGCAUUGACCCUAAGGUCGGCGUCAUUCUGCGCGGGGAGGGUGGUCCGUACGGCGAAGUGGAGGCGCACGUCCACGCCACCUCCGAGGCGCUGUUGUCGCUGUCGCGUGAGCAGUCCGCCAGCACGCGCGUCUACACUCAUCAUCUUGCCUUGGCGUGCGGCGCAAGGGGUGGCACGGGGGGCGGCGGUAGCAGCGGCAGCAGUGCCGGUGCCGGUGGAACUGGUGGAGGGCGUCUGCGCGGCACAGGCGCCAGCGUGCGGGAUGGGCGGUUGUCGAACGCCGAUUACAUCCUGAUGGGUCUCGCCGCCUCCGCCGCUGGUGCGGGUAGCAGCGGCGGAGGCGGCGGUGCGGCGGUGGGCACUCUUUUUGGCGGCUUCGAGCGGCUGACACUCCAGAUCAACGCGCAGCGGCAACUGAGUGUGCUGCACACGCAACGGGACCACGAGCUGAAGGUGUUCGUGACGGUUGUAGUGAUGCCGCUCAGCUCGGUGUGCGACAUGCUGUGA